AUGUUCCAACCGGAGGGAUCAGCCUCCACGCCUCAAUCACAUUCCACUUUCUACGAGACAGCUAUUUUCGCUGACGCCGAGCCAUCGACCCAGGCCAGCCUUUCUGAACUCGAUCAAACAGUUGAUACCGUUGCACCCAUUACAUCUCCGCGCGAACCCACUGUUAACCCAAGUGAUAUUUGGUUUCUAUCACCGGAAACCUGGACACUCGACCACAUGACUCAUCUCGACGUCUCCCAGAUCCCCAGCUCCAUGUUGAAGCGAUAUCCUACCAUGAUUCGUCGAUGGUUGUCCCAAUGGGCGAGUGAGGGUGCCAAUCCUUUCAUUCAUCGGCAGCUCUACCGGCAUCGGUUCCCGCGUUGCAUACAAGACGCUUGUACCGCGCUGUCGUACUUCGACUCGAAAACGACGGCAAACGAGGAGACAGCCUAUCGAAUCCUGCAGGACAGGGCGGAGCAGCUGCUCCGAGACAACGUGCUGGAUGAUAGUCCGGCACUAGGCGUUAAGACACUCGACACGUUCGACCAUCUCGCGCGCGUUCAGGCGCUCAUAGUGUAUCAGACAUUGGGCCUCUUCGACAGCGACGUUGGACUCCGGUACGCCGCGGAACAGCGCAUCCCACUCCUCUUCACAUGGGCCGAUAAGAUGCUUGAGAGCGCUUCGCAGAGUGCCAGUUUAGCCGCCUUCCACCGCCAGAUGACUACUGCCCCAGAGGAUAGCCUGACAAUGAAUAACACCCCCAUUGCGUACAAUCCACUUCCCCACGCAGUCGGUGAGGAGGCUCUGUGGCACGCCUGGAUCCUCGCCGAGUCCGUCCGGCGCACGUGGAGCAUCGUGUCCGGCAUCCAGACUGUCUUCCUCACGCUGCAACGCGGGUGGGCGGCGUGUCUGGGCGGAAUGAUGCUCACAACGCGGCAGGGGGUUUGGGACACCAACUCGGCGUAUAAAUGGGCGAAAUUAUGCUCUGAAGUCAAUGUUGGGUUGAUGCACCGGCAGGAGACGGAGAGGCUGCUUGUGGAUGCGAAGGCUAAUGAUGUCGAUUCCUUCGGCAAGGUGAUCAUGGAGGCUACAUUUGGAAGUGAGAGGAUCGAGCGCUGGAUUAUGAAGAGCAAAGAUCGGCCGUGA